UUAUAACUUCAUAACCACCCUCCCCCGUAUCAAACUGGUUCCAACCAUGGACUUAAUUCAGCAUUCUCCAACUGUUAUCGUUUGUGCUCGUCCACGAUACAAAAACAAAGAAGAGUUUCGUUCAGCACGAUUCAAAGAUUCACCAAUUGUAUUGUUCGGUUUUCCCGGUCUAGAAAAUGACAAGGAGUCCCCGCCUUCAGAUAAUACCCAUCCGCUUGUAUGGUGCCACAACGAAGAAAACAAAGAUAAAGAUUUUCCAUGCAACUUUUGCGAGCGUCAGUUAGAUAGCACCACAGGCUAUUAUUUAUGCGAAGAUUUUGAUAAGAGGAUUUCUAAAAACAACACUAUUGGUUUUCAUAAAGAGUGUAUCAAACCGAUGACCAACAAUCCUUAUCAUCCUAAGCAUCCGCUCCAAGUUCUCGCAUUUGCGACAGUGGUAUCAAACAAAGUAUGCUAUUGUUGUUACACUUAUAAAACUCACUUUCACUAUUGUUUUGUAUGUAAUUUUAGCAUUUGUCGUGAUUGUGCGAGAAAACCGCUACUCCUUACAAUAGACCACAAGAAAAGGCAUGAACAUACACUCUACUACAUUCCUCGAGAAGCCUCCAUGACUUGCGAUGUUUGUGCUUUGGAUGAUCGAAGGUACUUUAUUUAUGUAUGUCAUCAAUGUGAUUAUGUAGUCCAUAAAAAGUGUAUCUAUUCACCAUACGUCAUAAAAAUUUCUCGUCAUGAACAUCGCCUCUCUUUCACUUCUUCGUUUCUUUCUGGAGAAUGGUUUUGCGGAAUUUGUCGGAAAAAAAUAAACCAAAAUUAUGGAGGAUAUUCUUGCGUGAAAGGUUGUUAUUAUGUUGCUCAUUCCCAGUGUGCUAUACAUAAAGAUGUAUGGGAUGGAAAAGAACUUGAAGGAGAACCAGAAGAAAUAUUUGAAAGUAUUAUGCCGUUUGAAGAGAUAAGUGAUGGAAUUAUAAAACAUUUCAGUCAUAAACAUCAUAUGAGACUCUUCAAAGAAGUUGAGAAAACAAAUAAGAUCAACAAACACUGUCAAGCAUGCGCAUUUCGGAUUUAUGAAGGUGACAUUUAUAAUUGCUUGGAAUGUGAUUUUGUUCUCCACAAAGUAUGUGCAUAUCUUCCAGUUAAAAAACAACAUGUGUUGCAUCCUCACCCUCUCUUCUUACAAGAGGAAAAUCUACAAACUACGUUUGGGUGUUCAGCUUGCUUUCGUGUAUGCAACAAUUUCAGUUCAAGUACAAGCAUGAUGAACAUCCUCUCAUAUUUUCAUAUGAAAAAGACUCGAAUGGUCAACAUUGGUGUGAUGUCUGUGAAAAAGAAAUACUUCCCAAGAAUGGAAUAUAUACGUGCAAUGAUUGUGACAUCCAACUCCAUUUUGAAUGCUUACACGGGACCAACAUGUAUUUGUUACCUUGUAAAUCGGUUAUACUUAAUGAAGGAAAAUACGACAUUCUUUGCAAUGAUCUGCCAACACGAUACACAUGCAAACGAUGUCAUAAACGUUGCGAAGACAAGACCGUCUACAAGAGAUCCGACGUAA